AUCGUUUUUGUUUUAUUAAUUUGGGAAUUAAUAAAUUAAGGAAUGUAUCCUAAAGCUGUGAAGGAGCGAAGACUGCAGAAAUCAUCUCAUUUUAUGGAAGAGAUCGAUAUGAAAUCAAUAACUCCAGCUACUCACACAAAUCUUGCCUCCAGAGUACAUCCUUCUCAUCCUGCUCAUCGCUCUCAUCCUAGUCAUACUUCCCACCAUACUCAUCCUACUCAUCCUACUGUACUGAAUCCCGAGCUAGAAUCUAAUCGAAUAUAUGUCCCUAAUAUCAGACCGGGCCAGCCACCAGUAGAGCGCAGAUUACCAACAGAUACUGUUCUACCAGAUUCUAAAGAUGCCCGGGGAAUAAAACUCUCAUUAGAUUCGAUGCAAAGAUUACAUAAACUGAUUGAGGCACAAAAAAAUUUCCUCAAAUUUUAUGAAAUGCGGGAAAAAGUUGAUGAUCGUCGGAGGCAGGCUCUGAAGGAGGGUAUCUCCCACUUUCCCAGCAUUUCGGAGGCACAAGUAACAUGUAGAAGUCGAAGUAAGGUGCAGGAAGAAGUAAUCCCUCCGGUGGUUUCCGGGUCUCCAGAUUCCUCAGAAAAAGAGAAUUCUAUCAACUAUGUUACCUCAUCAAAAUCUAGAAAAUUUGCCAAACUUUCAGAGUCAGAGAGCUCAGGAUUAAAGCGGAAGAAGGUCGACGAAGAACCGGAAGUGCCGGAGAAAUUCUCCAAGGUUGACAAAAUCGUUCUCACAGAAUCCCAGGACAGGGUGGACGGAGUAACUCAAACUGAACCCGGAGUACAGAUUACACUCACCACCCGGAGAAGAGUUGUUGCCAAGUUAAACCCUGAACCUCAGAAUCGUGAGACCAGAGCAGUGAGUAAUAAACCCUGGAGAAGCAAUAUGAAACCACCGACAUCCAAUGAUAAACCUGAACCUGAGAAACCUCCUGAGCCGAAGAAACCCGAGAAACCCUGGCGUGUGAACAUGAAACCUAAUGAUACAGGGAUACAGGCUUCCGUCCAGGUUGUGGAGAAGCAAGAAAAAACCGAACGCGUCCGAGCCUGGAGAACAAACAUGAAAACAACUGUAUCCAAACCCCAACCUGAAGAAACACGAAAAAAAAUUCACUAUGACCGAGAAUCUGUGAGGAAAUUUAUGAAAGAAAAGAAGAGAAAAGAAAAGGAAGAAAAGGAGGAACUGGCAAGAAGAGAAGUGGUUAGACAAGAAGUAAUAAAACAAAGAUUAGAAGAACUGGAGAAAUUGAGAAAACAAAUUGCGGAAACAGAAUUCUCCCAGGAACGAGAAAAUCCUGAAGAAGGAAGAGAAGAAAAUGGGAUUAGUAAUGAUGGACGGGAAAAGGAUGAGAAUGGAAAGGAAGGUCUGGAUAGGGAAGGAGAAGAGAAGUUAAGACAAAUGCUGUUAGAUUUAACAAAUGAGAUGAAAGAUAAGUGGAAAAUAAAACAGGACCCUUCCAGAGUCUAUUCGACAGUUGAGUUAGAAGAAGAUAAAGGGGUAGCACCUGGUUCAGAUCCUCAACUUUCCAGAUUGAGCUCCAGUCUUAGUGAUGCCUCUGAUGCUACGGAGCUUAAAUCUCUCCCAGAGAGCAAAUCUCCGUCGAGAAGUAAAUCUCCGACAAGAUCAGUUGAUCGGGAUGUAUUCUCUGGAGAAAAGACGAAUCACAGCUCAGGAUCUCGGAGUCGGGACGUAUUCUCCGGAGAAAAGGCGAAUCACAGCUCAGGAUCUCGGAGUCGGGACGGAUUCUCCAGAGUAGAUAUUAAUCUGAGGUCCAGGUCUGAAGGAGGAAAAAUGCAUCAGAGCUCUGGUUCCAAGAGUCGGGACGUACUCUGCGGAGAAGAGAUACAACACUACUCCGAUGCAUCUCGCUCAAGAGUAGGACUUGUUGAUGAGAUCCCGGAGAGAGAUACAUCUGGGGAUAGCUUGAACGGAGCUAAGCAUUCUAUUCAAGUUCCUCUGAAUGUUACCUCCCAGGGGACAACCUACUCGGAGUUUAAAAAAUCUAAUUUCACUAGGAAUAUUUCAGUAAACUUAGAUUCAACUAAAAUCCGCAGUUUUAGUAGUCAAGCAAAAAGUGGCAAAAUUUCUUCUUCAAAUAAGAAGAUUGAUAAAAAACAGGAAGAAUGUCGAAUUGAAGAAGAUAUAAAAAUAGAAAAAAUGAAGGAACGAGAGAAAGUUGAGAAUAAAAAGAAAAGAGAAAGAAGGACCAACAGGGACGAAAAUGAAGAUGGUCAUAAAAACAAAACUUACGGGGAGGAAUUUGGAGAAUCUUCGUUGAGGGAAAAAUCCCCUACAAGCGCUUCAAACCAAGUAUUUGGAGAGUUCAUUCCCAGGUUUCCGGACAUUCUAUCUAGAGGCCCCCGACUAGACCAAGUCUUGAAUAAAACUGUAUCAAGAGAUGUUGACCCGCGUAGCUUGAUAAAACCGGUUCCUGGAGGAGUUGACCCGCCUAGCAGGUCGCAGAGUCAAGAUACGCUAGAUAGUGAGAAACCACCACAAUGGAUUGAAGUAACCAUGGACUCCUCCGGAACAGAGUUUGGCGAUCUACCCGGAGAAACCUCUAAUUAUCGUCCUUCAAGUCAAGAUUUCAAACCUGGACGGACGAAACCGGAUUCCGGAGAUCCAACCAUGAAUAUGUCCGUAUCGGAGGGACCACUUUCUCCAGAUUCUUCCGGUUGCUCCGAACCCCCAUCACAGAAGAGAUAUUUUAAUUCUUCCAAACGGCAGGGUUCAACGCAAAGCCAAGUAUCUCAGUCCUCUCUGGUGCCCAGAAAGAAUAUGGACCGGACGAGUGAAACUGGUUUGACCGGUACGUAUGAGACGAACCUGCAGGAUACAACGGACUCAGCCAGCACUAUGAAGGACGUAUUGGAGCACUUAAACCUGGAGUCUGGAGUCAAUUCUACAACUACUAGGAGUAGCGCGCACAAUGCAACAGAACCAGGGAGUAAAUCCAUGAAAAACAACCUUCCUCUUCUCCAUCCUGACUCCGUACCCAACCUUCUCCAUCUCCGAUUCCUCACGGAGCUCAACCAACUAGAAUCCGUCACAGCUACGGAGAAACUCUUGUCAGAACUCGAGCAAAUAAGGAAAUCCACCUUUGAGAACCAGCAAAACCUUGCUGAGGUUGAGAACCUUGUCAAGGAUCAGCAGCUACGGACUAGGGACGGAGAAAGGAAGGAUGAGAUGGAGAAGUCCAGAUAUAAACUGCAGGAAAUGUACUCGGAGAAGUUGAAACAGCUCCUGGACUCACAAACCGAGGCAACCCUGGCCACCAGCGCUGUUGCCAUACAGUUGGGAGAUCUCAAAGAGAACUCUAAACAGACGGAACUUAUUAAAACCUUGAACAAACUUCAGCAAACCAUUGAAAACUUGAACCAGAAAGAGGCUAGCUCCAAUAAUAGAUCUAGUACAAGGUCUACCCCUGUAGCUGAGACAGGAUCUUCAUCAACUAGAUCAAAGAAAGGAUCAACAAGAACAGAGACGGAUUCUUCUACCACGAAAUUUUGCUCAAAGUCGGUAAAGACCAGAUCUGUGAGCAUCCAACCUGAUAUCUCAGACAGAGAUAUUCCAGAUAGUCGAACCAUUUCCUCUGCAAUCAUCAUAGAGGCAUCAUCACUGAGUUCUCGUCCCAGCUCCAGUGUUCGAGAGGUCCUGGAGCAGAAUCAGUUUCAUGGAGAAUCCAUCUCACAGACUAUAUCGGAAGCUAUAGCCUCUAUAUCAGAUGGUGAGCAGAGGACUAGAUCUAAUAUAACGGCAGAGGUUGAAGAAGAAUUAUCCACUGAUUACUCCAGUCAGUUUGAGGAAGAUUCGACACUUCGAGAGAAAUCAUUCCGCGCAGUUCUACCCUCAGAAACUCAUCGGAGACGAUCGGAAAAGUUCUCCAGUAAACCGGAGUAUUCAAGCGAUGCAUCGGAGAGCUCUGGUGGAGGCUCUAAGAGGUCGGAGAGAGGGUUGGAGAAGGGGACGAGAGAAAACUCAUCCCUGUUCUCUGAUUCUGACUCAUUUACAAGGUUCACAUUGGAGAUGGUUGAGCAGUAUAUGAUGGAGGAGACAGCUAGAGAUAAACACAAAGAAGCUAUUCUCAGGUUGAAGGAGAAGGCUCUGGUUGAAAAAGCUGCUGAGCAAGUAGCUGCCCUGGAGAAGCUGAAAUCCAGCAUCCCGAAGUCAGAUGAUGACAAGAUGCCAAAAAUCAAGAAAAGACAAAGAUCUAUUUUGCUCAAACUUAAGGAACAAAAGAAGGAAAUGGCACGAAUGAGGGAGAUCUUAAAAAUUGCGGAAACUGAGCGGAGAUUUUUAAUCCGACAACAAAAGUCCAUUAUAAGAAAGUCCCAUUCAAGUCCAGACAAUAAACCGGAGUUAGAUCUAUCAGAGAAUUCUCUGGAAUUUUCAAAACUCUGGCAGAAGGACGGAAUGAGCGGAGAGGAUGAAGCUAUAAUAAAGAAAAAGGAAGUUAUUGUCGGUCUCAAGAAAAUGGAAGAGUUAGGAAGGUUUAUGACCUCCAAGGAGAAACAAUUACUAAAAAAAUCCGGGGCCAGCUCUAGUAAAUUAGAUAAACAUACUGGCGACAUUGAUCUAGCAAAUACAUCAACUGAAUCCGUCCUGGUAGAAUCCAAUUUAGCUCCGGGACUAAUAAAUCGGGAUUCUCUGCCUAUGUCUCCGAGUAGGGGUUUAAGAUUACGUCAUUCAAGCGCAGAUUCUGAAGCAGAUGUUCUAACCAGCUCACUGAUAGAUACAACAUCGGAACAGAGUGAUAUUGAAGCUAGGAUUGCUGCUCUCAAUGACCAACUCCAGACUAGGAUUAAAACAGCAGCAAGGUUGAAGAAAGAGCAGCGUCGGGAGAAGAGAGAAAAGUUAAAAACUCAGGAGCAAACAAUACUUCGACAAAUUGAGGUUUAUGAUAAACUGAUCAGCCAGGAUAUAUCGGAUAUAACCGUAGAUAAACAGGAACAGAUGGACAGGUUUUCCAAACCUAUGAUUAAAUCACCCCGGAGCAAGCUCUCCAGAAGGUUGUCUGGAGCUAAACCCGAGAACCCGGAGAACAAGACUGAGAAUCCCUCCAACAAACUAGAACUAUCUGGGAGCCGAAAUGAAUCUCCAUCCUCACUUCAGACCAGCGAAUUUCCGUCCUACUCUCAAGAAGAUCUGUCAAAGGGUUCCAACUCUAGUCAGAAAACGAACGACUUAAGCACUUCAACUAUCCUUGCUAGUCCAGUUAAAGAAGUUUCUCUAGAUUUAUAUUCGGUUCAAGAAAAAGAGUCCAACCUUUCCGUGUCGGAGGUCAUAGAAGAGGCGUUGGAAUCUCUUUCCAACCUAGAGAGUUCGAUAGAGAAACCAUCAGAUCCAAUCUCAGAUAACCUUGACUCUGGAGAGGAGAGUGUUACAUCUCAAACCUUAACCCAAAAGGAAGAUAACUCUCGGAGUAAAAUAUCAACUAAAGAAUCUGAGACUAAAACUUCAAACAAGAAAGAUGAAGAGGAAAAGAGUUCAAUCUCAGAAACUGGAAUAGAUCUUGAGGACUCAUCCGAGAGUUUAGAACCUCCAGCUGAAAAAGUGAUUCAAGAAGUUGAAGAUCUUUCUCCUAUAGAUGAUCUUAUGUUGCGAAAUGAACAGACUGCAAGAGAAGUGGAUGUUUCUGGAAAAGAUAAAACUAAAAAGAUUGAGAACAGAAAUAAGCUUCUAGGUGAGAAGUCGGAGAAAACAAUUUUGUCGCAGAUUCAGACAGAUCCUGACUUGUUAGAUUCCAAGACGGAUAUUUUUACUGCUCACAUCUGGCAGGAGUUGUUAAAAGAAACUUCUCUCCAGGUCUCUCCUUUAGUACAGAGGAGAAACAAAACCCAAAUACAGGGGUUGAAGGAUGACUUGUCAAUUCCUUCUCACUCUAAUGAGAUAAAAAGCAUCAUAGAACCUACUUCUCCGACCAGUCCGUCUAAACAACGACCCCUAAGUCCUAUUUCUCCCAGAUCUAAACCACAGGAUCUCAUGCUCACUACUUUUGAUAUUAGUCCUGGCAGUUCGGAAGAGAACACUCCUGAAAAUGAGGAGGAAGAAGAGAUAUUCCAUGAGGAGAGUGAACCGGAGAAAAUAAAUGAUGAUGAAUUUUUCGAGGAUGAUUUUGGGCUGUCCGCUAUUAGGGAGAAGGCGGAGGCUCUCCGCCUGCAGCAGCUCAAGGUUGAGCAGGAGAUUGCUCUGAUACAGAGCCAGGAAUCUGAGCCGGAUAUUGUCAGGAAAAUUCCAGAUAAACCUCCGCCGCCAUACGUUCCUCCAGCGCAACCUGCCAAACCUACGCCUCCGAGAUCUUUCAUUCCAUCCUCGGUUUCUGAUUAUUCCGCCAUGGUCACUUCACUAGUAAAUAAGGUGUUCUCCGCCAGGGCAAAUGACUGUCUGGCAGAUCUGCACCUGGAUACAGAUGAUUAUCCUGAACCUGAGAAUCUUUCUGAACCCGAAUCCAGUGCACUCCGUCAGUAUAAUACUAUGCUACUGGAGCUGGUUGUUCAGAAGGUUGAGAAGAUCUAUGAAAAUGAGAACCUGGAGCAAAACCCGCCCUGGAUGCCAGCUAAACCUAUUCAGAGGCUCAAGUUUCAGAUUCCUAAAUCAAAGGAAAGAUUGGAAGAGAUGGUGAAAAAACAGGUGUUGUCUGAUCUCCGUCUAGGACCUAGGGUAGAGAAGGAGAGUAUCAUGGUUAGGUGGGCCGGAAAGAAGAGGGAUAGGGUGGACGAGAUACUCGUCAGGGAGCUACAGGAGGAAGAGGAGGUUUGGACAGAUUUCUCCAGAGACGAGGUAGAAGUUAAAGAUCAGCUCACGGACGCUUUUCUUCAAGAGCUCAUAGAUGAUACGGUUCAAACCUGCUCCAGGAUAUACAAGAACAGGGAGAAAUAGAUGAUAUGGUUCAAACCUUCUCCAAGAUAUUUAAGAACGGGAGAAAUAUCUAAUACAGUUAAAACCUUCUCUAGGACAUCAAUGAACAAGGAUAAAUAGAUUAUACAGUUCAAACUUUAUCCAAGAUAUACGAGAACAAGGAGAAAUUGAUUUUAUUAUUAAAACCUUCUCGGGGAUUUACGAGAACAAGGAGAAAUAGAUUAUAUAGUUCAAACCUUCUCCGGGAUAUACGAUAACAAGGAGAAAUUGAUUUUAUAGUUCAAACCUUCUCAUGUAUACACAAAAAUAUGUAGAAACAACCUUUAUCUUAAGGUUUUUACAUCUUUUACAUCUCCAAACUAAAGAAAGAUCUAUGAAAAUUUAUUUUGUCCAUUGUUUUAUUUUUGAGAUAAUAUGUCCCAUCUACUGUUAAUAGCUGUAGUUUUACAGACAUUUUAUUACUGUUUAUAGGCAAUUUUUUGGUUUAGUUUUUUAGUUUUUGUUGAUUCACUGAAAUCUUUAUAAAUCUGUUGGAUACAUUGUGUAGUAAUGAACUUGCUCUAAAAUGACAAUUGUGAUGCUAGAAAUUUUCAAUUUCAGAAUUACAUAUGUUGAAGAAUGUUAUGUACUGUACAGAUUGGUGCAUUUUACAUCUAAUAAAACAGAUCUGAAUUAUGUGUGGGCGGACAGCUUGCACUCUAUCCCCUUCAAACAU